AUGGAUACUCAUUUUAGAUCGAUCUUCUGUCGGCUUCCAAAGGGAAGGAAAAAAAAUUGCGAGUCGUUGCUCCACACAGCAAAAUACCAUUUAUCACCAUUAUUUGCAAUUAUGUUCAAAUCCACAUUAACUAGAACUGCCAACUCUACUACUUCAAGAUUGUUCUCAACUACUCCAAGAGUCCUUGGAACAAAAGUGUUUUUCAAAACAUCAAUUGAUGGAGAAUCACAACCACCAAUCAAGUUUGAAUUAUACGAUGAUGUUGUUCCAAAAACAGCUGAAAACUUUAAAGUUUUAGCAACAGGCGAAAAAGGCAUUGGGUACAAAGGAUCCAUUUUCCACAGAAUCAUUCCACAAUUCAUGUUGCAAGGUGGUGAUUUUGAAACUGGAAAGGGAUACGGUGGAUAUUCUCCUAUUUGGGGCAAAAAGUUUGAAGAUGAAAAUUUCGAAAAGAAGCACAACAAACCUGGUUUGUUGUCCAUGGCCAAUGCUGGUCCAAAUACCAACGGAUCUCAAUUUUUUAUUACUACAGUACAAACCCCAUGGUUAGAUGGCCACCAUGUCGUUUUUGGUGAAGUUGUUGAUGGAUACGAUGUUGUUAAAAAAAUUGAAAGUUACGGAACUCAAUCAGGAACUCCCACUGCAAAAAUUGUAAUUGAAGAAUCCGGAGUAGAAGAGGAAUAA